UAAAGCCGCGUUUAGUGGUCAGACUCCGAGUGUUUAAAAUCAGAAUGUGUACAGCGAAGCAGCAAUUAGAGGAGCGAAUGCCAGUUGAUCUACGAAGGGUCUUCUGAGUCGUUUACUUCAACUACUAAACUGAAGCUUUUAAUUUGAUCGACUUCACUUUUCCCAGUAACCGGAGCAGCAAGGAGUGAGACCCGCAGCGCAGUACGGUCAGUGCCUACAGAAAGCACACCGCUCACCUCACCGCCGCCGAGCCUGUCUAAGCGCUGAAAUCCAACCACGAACUCGUGAGACUGACAGUUCCAAGACGCAAACGUUCAAUGCGCUGAGUCCCGAGAUGUAACACUGGACUGAAGACGAGGUCCCUAAUGUUUUCAGAUUUACCUAUUGUCAUUGCUGACAGCGUUGCCAGCUCUUCCAAUUUAACCACUGGUGUUUUGAAGGGGGCGAAUUCCUCAAAGGAACAGGAAGCUCAUCACUCUCAUAACUACUAUGCAAUCUUCUAUUCUGUGCUUAUCUUUGCCAUUGUUUUUGGGAACAUGCUUGUUUGCUUGGCUGUGCUGCGGGAGAAAAGUCUGCAGACCACAACCAACUACCUGGUAGUGAGCCUGGCCAUAGCUGAUCUACUGGUAGCAUCUCUUGUCAUGCCAUGGGUGGUCUACCUUGAGGUGUCAGGUGGAGUCUGGAUGUUCAGUCGAGUAUAUUGUGACUUGUUUGUAACACUCGACGUGAUGAUGUGCACAGCCAGCAUUCUGAACCUCUGUGCGAUCAGCAUUGACAGAUAUACUGCUGUAGUGAUGCCUGUGCUCUACAACAGCUCCCAGAGCUCUCGCCUGAGGGUCUCUUUGAUGAUCACUUUUGUCUGGAUAUUGGCAUUCGCUGUGUCCUCUCCUCUUCUGUUUGGCUUAAAUACUACAGAGGACCCAAGAAUCUGCUCCAUUUCCAACCCACAGUUUGUCAUCUACUCCUCAGUUGUCUCCUUCUACCUCCCAUUUGUCAUCACCCUCGUGGUAUACCUUCGUAUCUAUGUGUUCCUGAGAAAAAGGAGGAAGAGAGUUUCCCUCCGAAAAAGUUGUGGAAGGAUCCAGCCAGCUUGUGUAACCACAGAAGUGGAGAAAGAAGAAGUGCUGGACCAGCGUGGCUCCAUUGCUACUUCUCUCAUGCUGAGGAAGCAGACCACUGGGCCUCCACACAACACCUUUCUCGCCCCUUUGGAGCUUCCCAACUGCUGUAGCAUCAGUCAAGCUUCUUUUGUCAAGUCUGAGGUCCAGGAUGAGGGUGCUGAGCCAGUGAAAGAGUCAGUGGGACAGCUGGCCAAGAGAGCAUCAGAAGUGCUAAACCUACCUGAUGGGAAGACUCAGAUAAGUCUGCGGUCUAGCGUGAAGCGCAGAAGCUUGCACAUCCGUGAGAGGAAGGCCACACAGAUGCUGGCCAUUGUCCUUGGUGUCUUCCUGAUCUGCUGGCUGCCCUUCUUUGUGACUCACAUUCUCAACACACACUGCACACCCUGCUAUGUGCCACCUGGAGUGUAUAGCGCCACCACCUGGCUGGGUUAUGUGAACAGUGCACUAAAUCCAGUCAUCUACACAAUCUUCAACGUCGAGUUCAGAAGGGCUUUUGUCAAGAUCCUCAGCUGCUAGUAAAUACCUCCAAUUGUCAGCCUCAUUGACUUCUAGGAAUAAUAACAAGCAGCAAGGUUUGAGGUUUUAGAAAAGAAUAGUUUACUCAAUGAUACUCUUGCAUGAAAGCUUGGAACUAAGAUGCAAUUGCAAACCACAGAGUUUUUUUGUAGGACACUAGAUUAAAAUUCUGCUUGUUCUGCUCCGAGGUAUCUUGACUGGCAAUCAAAAUGCCCAAAAUAAUGGGAAAGAGUGUCCCCAGCUCAUGACCACAGUUUUUAAUGGAGACAAAAAACACUUGAAGAGAAUAGGAUCUGAGAGUUGUCAAAACCACCUGAAAUUAUUUUUGACAUCCCCAGCCAUUGGCACUGCUCUGAACAAAAUAAUACCAGACACCAACUACAAGGGCUUUUCCUAUUAACAAAAGUGAAUAAUUACUAGCCGUAAAUGCUCUUAAGUUGCAGUGUGAGCAGCCUCUGUAUAUUCAUACCAUCUCCUCUUUCACCCCUCUCCAAAAGAAAGCCUUUUCUUUGUACUUUCUGUUGCUCUUGAAGAGCCUUUCAAAUCCAUAACUUGGAAUGCUGCAGGUAUAAAGGGACAGUUGCUGUUCAGGUGAACGCUCAUCCCAGCCUACUGUAUGUCUUGUAUAUGGCCAGGUACUCUUUGUCCAUUUCCUGUAGGUCACCACCACUUGUUCCUCUAAUUUCAAUGUUGAGUUAUGUCUCCACCAAGUGGGAACUACCAUAUCCUCAGUUCAUCUCACAAGCCCCAUUUUGAGUUCUCCCUGUCAAUUUGAUUACAAUGUAUUCUUAUUAAUUUACCUCAGUGCACAAUACAAUAAUUACAAAUAUACAAAAUCUGACUUUAUCCCCCCCAUGACUUUAUCCAUAUUUGCAAUGUGAGUACAGCAUACUGUGUGAAUUUGCCAAAAUACAUGCAAGAUGUAAACCCACUGCUGUAUUUCAAAAUUCUGAAUCUGUAAACCUCAAAACUCAAGGUUUGGCCAGUUUUGCAAAUGUAUGAACAAUGAAUGGUUUAACUGUUAUUGCUGUCAACCUUAAAAACUUUGAACUUGAAAAGUUAAAAGCAGAAUACUGUAGCUGGAAUUCACCAGAGUGAAAUUUCAUAAGAAUUGAUUGAUUCAUUCUCAUCUUGCAGCGUCUGCAAACUUUUUACAAGUGGCACACAAAUGCACAUCUAAAAAUGUGCAAAACAUGUUCAGGGGUAUCAAAAAUGUUUAUUCAUUGAAAACCAGAAGUCAAUGAAUUUCAUGAAAAUUAUAUCCAUAUGGGUGGCAUGGUGGCGCAGUGGUAGGGAUACUUGCUCGCAGCUACAAGGUUUGCUUCCCUGUGUAGAGUUUCCAUGUUCUCCACAUAUCUGUGUGGGAUUCUAGCAACAGUCCAAAGACAAGCAGGGUAGUUGGAUUGGCCCUAGUGGGUGAGUGUGUUCACCCUGUGAUGGCUUGGCACCCUGACCAGGGGUUUGUUGCACUCCAUCCCUCCAGGACACUGUACAGGAUUAAGCGGGUUUAAAAAUGGUGUGUUAUGGUUCCAUAUAGAUAUAAGUAAUUGGAGGAAAGUAAAAAGAAGUGCUAAAUCAGUACAAAAUGUACUUGUCAGGAUAAUUUAACAGGAAAGAUUAAAUAUGAAAAAUGGAUAAAGAGUGGGGCAGACAGUGUUUAACUGCUGUCGGACAUAUUUGGGCGGGGGAUACAUAGAAAGACCGAAAUAAAUGAGAUGGGAAAAAUUUGUAACAUUUAACAGACAAACAGGGGAAAAGAAACCCUAAAACCAAGAACAAAACUGGCCUUUUCCACCAACACAUCUUUUUUUACUGCAAAGAUUGUAAUAAACUGGCAAAACAUAUAAAAAUAGUAAGUACUGUGUGAGGAUCCUAAAAGCUCAAAAACCUCUCAAAAUAUCUUAUUAUUACAAGAGCUCACCUGUGACAACCACAUGGAGCUCUGCAAUCUUCUGCUCCUCUUCCCAGCAAUGCAUUUCAACAGGAGGUGCUUCAUUAACAAAGAGAUGGGCCUGACCCUUCAUUCUCAAAAUGCUGAUCACAUUUCAUUGGUAUCUACCAACUGUCUCAAACAUUCUCUUAACAAUAUGCAAGCUUCUAAAAAUAACUCUAACAAAGGAGCUGAGAGCAGUCUCUCAUAGAUGAAGACAAGUGAAGCGAUCACUCAAAAAUGGUGUCUUUCUUUGAUAGUCCUCUGGGGAUGGACCAGGAAGGAUGGUUUCUUAUGUCCCCACCUAUGUCACAUUUGGCAGCCCUUCUGAGGUGCAGCUGUGCUAGCAGUCGAGGCAUGUCCUUAGGCUCACACUUCAAGAUCCUUCCAGAAAAAGAACAAGGCUGGCUUUGAGGUAUCCACCCAUCUAUCCAUUCAUUAUCCAACUUGCUAUAUUCUAACUACAGGCUGACCGGUUACAUCAUGACAGCACACUUUGUCAGGGCAAUAUUAAGCCUUACAUCUAUGCCAGCAUAUUUCAGACAAAUUGAGCAUUGGCUUUCAAUUUGAUCCACAUGGCCAAGGUCCUGGGCACCUUUUGAUACUUUUGAUGGACUCCCGAACACUUGGGCCAUAGAAAACAGGCCUGUGGAACAUUGGAGAAUGGACAGGUCAUGUCAUCAUCUUUCUUUUACUUCCUUAAACCUAGCAGACAGAAAUACCAAUGCACAUUUCUUUAAUGUUUAAUAUGUUUUGGAAGUUGGAGAGGAGUGUGGUCUGCAUGAUAUACAGUAACUUUAACUGAGUGUUUUAGAGGUAGCUGUAAAAUGGAGGUGAGAAGGUAGCCAUUAACUAAUGAGUGUGUGGGGAACUUGGAGACCAAACAAGUUGGGAUCAAUGUCAGUCUCAACAUGACCAUUAGACAAACAGCAAGAGACUUGAAUAGAGCGCUAGGAAAGAGGAAGAGGUAUCAUAUUGCUGUGACAAACCUACACACUUAACAUAUUCUGACAGAAAGUAAUAAAAGCAGAUGUGCCCAGCAAGAUGUAUCCUGUGUCCUGUUGUUUGAAAUGAUUUAUAAAUACAUCUCCUCUGGUACUAUUCAGUGGCUGAUAUCAUUGGAGCGUUAUGAAAUCCUUAGUUCCUAUA